AUUUUUCUUCCCUUCUUCAUCAGUUAUUCGAAGCAAAAAUAAGAAAAAUAGUAAAAAUUAGGGAAAAAAUAGUGCGAAGCAUUUCGAUUCUGGAAUGGCGUUGGAAACGCGCUCGUCUCAAGCCCUCGAUGCAGUUCACACAGAUGUUCUAUCACAAGCAAGAUUAGCUUGCUACAAGGCACGAGAUGCGUUCUAUACGUGUCUAGAGAGAGAAGCGAACAAGAAGCCCACAGAAAUUGCGUCGGUGGGGCUGCUCUACCCUGUCGAAUGCAAGCAAAGUAGGGAGGCGUAUGUGAAGCAGUGCAGGCCUACUUGGGUGAAGCAUUUUGAUCGGCAGUAUUGUCAGAAGAAGAGGGUUAAUAGGCUUUUGGAUGACAAUGAGUCGAGGAGAGGUUAUCUUUCGUUUGUUACGGAUUGGUUGGCGUAUUACAUUUUGUGUUUGAUGGAAAGACGAAGGUGAAAUCUUUUCUUGUUGUGGAGUUGGGGAUAUUAGUUAAUGCUUCAUUUGCUUGAGCUGAAUUUGAAUGUGGCAGGAGGCUAAAGAUUGGCUCCUCGAGGAAGAGGAGACUGAAGAUCCAUUCGACUGCAUUUUAGUUAUCCCGGUAACCUAAUAGGUACCUCUUCGAUCAUCCCUCCUGUUAAACUUUUGAGAGUUUUGAGAGAAAGAGAAGUUGUCAUGGAUAAACAUGAAGUCUGUUGGUUUAGGUGUUUACAUCUAAAGUCGAUGGAAGGUUUAUUUGAUUUUCGAAAAAUGGAAGAGGAAUAAAUCCCAACGACGAUCAUAUUUCUGUUUGGAGGAACUAGUUGUAGAUUUUGCCUUCAUUUACAGCUUCACUAGGGGCAGCUCACUGUGUUUAUUUAAGUAAUAUAAUGUUAAACAGAACAUGAGAUUGAUUGAAGGGUGAUCCUUUUUUUUUUUUU